GGCAACGCCGGUUUGUUAUUUUGCAAUCAACAAUCUCUUACAUUUAUCAAAUAAUGGCGGUCGAAGCAGGACGUGUUUUUGUCUACGGAGGCAAAGGAGCCCUUGGUUCUGCAUGUGUGUCACUAUUUAAAUCUAAUAAAUGGUGGGUUGGCUCCAUAGAUAUGAAGUCAAACGAAGAGGCCGACGGCAAUGUGAUUGUUAAGUCCGAUCAAAGUUGGACAGAACAGCAAGAAGACAUUCUGGCUCAAGUCACAAAAAUCCUCAAUGGAAACAAAGUUGACGGAAUAAUUUGUGUUGCUGGUGGCUGGGCUGGUGGAAAUGCAGCUAAUAAAGAUUUCACAAAGAACAGUGAUUUAAUGUGGAAACAAAGUGUUUGGAGCUCAGUCAUUGCUGCAAGUAUCGCCUCCCAGCACCUAAAAGAAGGUGGCUUUCUUUCCCUAACCGGGGCGAAAGCCGCCUUGGAAGGAACUCCUGGAAUGAUCGGUUAUGGAAUGGCAAAAGCAGCAGUUCAUCAACUGACAAAAUCCUUAGCAGCUGAAGAAAGCGGAUUGCCUUCAGGUUCACUAGUUGCUUCCAUUUUACCCGUGACUUUGGAUACUCCAAUGAACAGAAAGUGGAUGCCGAAAGCUGACACAUCCACUUGGACACCUCUCGAAUUUAUUUCAAAUCUCAUCUGGAAAUGGGCUCAGAAAGAAGAGCGACCCGCUAACGGAAGUCUUCUUCAGCUGGUUACAAAAGACAAUAAAACUGAGGUGAUUCCAGCUUGAAUAAAAAAUUUAUAAAGAGUGAAGAUACUUCAGCAUAAAUGCAUGGAUGUUACUAAAAGUAUACUCUAAACGAAGGGAUCAAACAUAACAAAUUCAAAGUUCGUCAAAAGCUACAAUUUUAUUUUUAUUUGCAAAAAUACUCAUUUUAUUUCUUAGGAUAAGAUUUCCCAUGAACGAAUUUCAGUUCUCCCAAGGUUUUGUGAUCAUAUCCUACUCUGCAUUUAUAGUUUAUCACCGAUUUUUGUACAAAAUUAACAAUAUUAAUUGAAUCUCUGGUUAAAUUCUUAUUUUUAAUAU